ACAGCAUUUUGCAUACCAGACUUUUCGUUAAGGGUCUCCAUCUAUGCAUCUUCACCUCUCGGGCUUCUAGACACUUCAAGACAUGGGCGUUUCAGACAAGGCUGCAGAGCUAGGGCGGCAGCAUCCGCUGCAGCGACUGGAAUCUCCUUCCAAGGGUUUCUCGGGUGCCUUGCAUGUCAUUGGCCUCAUCAGCUUCUACAGCUCUUUCAAGUUUCUACACGACAACCCGAAUCAAUUCAACUUCUCAUACGGGUGGCACCUCCAAUUCCUCACCAUAAUCGGCAUAACCAUCUCGACCAUCUGCUUCACCUUCGGCCUGCUCGCAGACAUCACCUCAUCCUCAUCAACCGCCCCAGCAUCCGCUACCAGUGCCGCUGCAUUCUCUCCUCAAACUGUGUCCGACUACUUCUUUGCUGCGAAGAACUAUCUCUCCCUCGUAGCCGCCCCAAUUGAGAUUGUCAUCAGUAUCUUGUACUGGGGUCUCCGACUGGUCGAUACCGGCCUCGUCAUUCCGCCAGACCUACCUCUCCCGCCGCUCAGCACGGAUCUUUGCUUUCAUUUGGUGCCUGCGGUAGUGCUGACUGUCGAUGCCAUUCUGCUGUCUCCACCGUGGCCGAGCAGCCCUAUGAACCCGCAGGCGCCAUUUCUGACUCUUGGGGCCAGUACCGGGAUUGCCUUUGCGUACUGGUGGUGGAUUGAGAUCUGCUACUCGCACAAUGGAUACUAUCCGUACCCAAUUUUCGAGUUGCUGACUACAUAUCAGCGAAUUGGUCUCUUCGCAGUUAGUGGAGCAACGAUGUGGGUUGCUGGUGGUACUCUGCGAGCCCUGUAUGCGUACGCCAAUGGUUACGAGUUGACGGAGGCCCUGGAGAAGAGACAGAGGGCGCGCAAGAUGGGAUCCGAAGGCAAAUGGGAUUAGACCCCAAUAGCAAAGUCUUUGGCGCCAAGUUCAAGGGGCGCCCUGGAGAGAUGUACGGAGUAUAGUAGUGUGUUGAACAAAAUCUAUUGGCCAUAUAUAACGAAAAAGCGUAUGCUACAAGCCACCUGUAUCUACCAGCAACAGAGACUUGCUCCGCAAUCGCAGCAUGUCUUUCGCUAAUAGUAACCAUAUAUGU